CCACUCCCCUUCAGUUCGAGAAAGCCGACUACUUCGAAGGCCCGCAACCAUGAAGCUUACUCUCAUCAUCCCCUACCUGUGCGUAAACGCUCUUGUCAGCGCAUCCGACUGCGACCCAGGCAAACCUGAGAGGUGGGACGCAAAAUGCUUCACCAGCACGACCAAGUCCACGUCGAAGACAAGCACCAUUUCGACGACUAGCACAACACUGGCGACUAGCUCCAUGUCAACCAGCACCGCGUCGGCCGCAUCUCUCACCGUUGCAACUGAAACCGUGUGCUACCUAGGCGAGCCCACCCCAACAACCUACACGGUGUCCACGGCGCAGCAGAUCUGCACUAUGUCGACUUACCUGACGGUCACGACGAGCACGAUCUAUGACGGCAUCGUUAGCAUCGUGCUGACCGACGACUAUCGGCUCAAUCCAUACCUUAUUGGCGAGGACACAAAUGCGACUAUCGCCAGCAUUGCCGCAGCGGAGAUGGCGCAUUUUAACGUUCGAUAUAUCAUGGGCAUCGGAUUGGAUCCUGGCCGGAUGUGGAUAGGUGCGACACGACAGAACAGACUCCGGAUCAUGGACGAAAACUGGGUUCUCUACUUUGACUGCAAUCCGGAUAAGAUGCUGGAGAAGUCCGUUCGGGAGCAGAACGAGUACUUGGCAACCAGGGAUCUGAUGAGAUUGCCCCAGUUGCGAUGGGCUGCAGAUCUCAAGUUUCUAGCUGAGCGUUACACCCGAGCAAACGGGACCACGACUACGCGAAGUACCAGCGAGAAAGAUUACUUUUGCUGCAACACUACAGCACAUCAUAAUGAGCAUGCCGAUUUAGGGAAGCCUGACCAAGAAUUUCGUCUCUUCCCAGCAGAUCUUGAGUAUCGUCAUUACUUCCCUGCUGUCGCAAGUUUUGAAAAGUGCGUGAACAACAAUAACCUCAAUACUGCACGCAUUCAUAAUGCCGAUGCAAUCUCUGUCGACUGGCUCAGUUACAUCCAGCGCUUCGAGCUGCUACCUGCCGGUUUCAAUCUACGGGCUUUCAUGAGCGAGUGUGCAGCUUGCUACGAGUGGCUAAUAGAGCUUGGAGUUGACAUGAGCAUGUCAGACCGACAUCGUGACGUUGCAAUCUCGAAGCACGAGGUUGCGCAGACAAACGCACCCGCAUAUCCUGUGGCUUCACUGCCUUCAGAGAAAGCUCCGUUCUACCACACUACAUCCGAGAGCAGCAACAUAACUUCCAGAGUGGGCUCCAGAAUGUCGAACUCCUACCCUCACUUGGUCUACAUAACUGGUUUCCAUCUUGGCGCACCACAAGUGGGUCAUCGCGGCUACGGCGAUUCCGGCUCCGUGAAAGAUCUCCACGGCGAUGCUCAGUCUAAGAAGCUUGACAUUCGAUUGUUAGGCUCUUUACAGCUGUCGGUCGACGAGCUAUGUGCGUUCUUCCCUCUCCACUACACGUGGCAUCCCUACCUUGAACGUCUGCAGAACGGCGAAUGGACACCUAUCUUCAUUGCACGGCUCAUGGCAUACUAUCGAGACUACACAGAUAAAGUGCAGCUCGGAGCUCUACGAAAUAGAGUGCAGAAGCAACUGGAGAACAUUUCAGAGAAGGGAAGCCCCACCAAAGACUUCACCGUGAGUUCCUGGGAGAUCAAACUGGGUGGCGGCAGUGCGAGAACCACCGAAGGCAUGAAGAACUCACUCAUCGAUGACUGCCAGCUGUCCGCUCUAGUCAAAGGUGUCAAACAUCUUCCCCAGGGUCCUGGAAGGCGUCAUCUUACAAUGGCCAUCGAACGCGCGCGAGAGCAGGGGGAUGACCUUCUCUUGAGUCAGGUUCCAUUCUAUGUCAAAGUGUACCGCACCGGUGAAGAUCUGCCGGACAUGAGCACGUAUACAAAGCAUCCGGAUGUCGCUUCUCAUGAAGCUUUCAAGCUGGCAGUUGAUUCAGCCAGAAAAGGCGAAGGGGAUGUCAAUGUUUCAUGA